UGCGAAGUGACGUCACAAUAGGAACAAUAGAAAGAUGGCGGAUUAGCUCUAGUUGGGUCGCUAAGCUCUUCGAGUUUGAUUACUUCACGCGUGUUUGUAUUCAAUGGCAAAAUGUAACGUAGCGGAGAUUUUCCCAGGGUUUCAUGCUAGGGGAGGUAGCCGGGACGGGUAGAACGUUAAGAUGGAAGCUCUGGCUGACCGAAGAAGGCGACUCUACGGACUGGAUCGUUCCUUGGCUAGACAAGACAUAGUGCAAACACUCACUAAAAGUCACGUUCUUCAAGACGGAGAAUAUAACUACACGAACGAAACACUGAAGGACGGGAUCUGGCAAACAAGCGCUAAACGAGAUUUUCCGGGCACUGAGCUAGACCGCGAUCAUGUUGCCGCCGGGGUUGGCCAGCUCGAUCAUCACUUCCACCUUGGCAAUGACUCGGGAUCGAACCUCCCGACAAAAACCUACCAAGGCAGCACCACCAAAGACGACUUCGACACCAAGUCGUUCUCGAAGCCGGCGGUUCUUGCGGCGGAUCGGACCAUCAACUGGCCCGACAUGGCUCCCCGAUACGCCCCACACCGCGCCAUCGGCCAGUCCGAGUACAAAAACACCUUUAUGUUGGCGGGCCGAGCGGCCACUGCCCCAGUCUUCCCCAAAGUGAACACCUGCAAGAUGAAACUCCCACUGGACCCUGCCAAGUUCCACCUGCAGAGGGACAGUCACUUCGAUUUCGGCCACGACGAGUCCAGCGGCGUGAGCGAGCAUAUGCGGACAUACGGGCGGUCAAGGCAGGAUGACCUGUCGAGCAAGCUGGCCAGUACGGGGGACGCCCUGAAGAUCAAACGUCACAUGAAGGAAAUGGAGCUGACCUCCAACGUCUUCCGAGGCGGCGACUACAACGGCGUAGCUGCUCACAACUACGAGACAACCACCUUUGGUGACUAUGGUCCCCGAACAAGACCCCCAGCAGAGAUCAUUGCACUCCAGUUCAACCAGGACAAGCCGCGGGAUGGAAGAGCGUCUGAGAACGUCCCGAACGAACUGACCACGUAUGCGAGACAGCACACUGUUCCGGCAGUGUUCAAAGAUGCACUGGAUGGGAGGGAUUAUCAAAGAGCGGCUCAUUUCAAGCUCGGCUCUGACGCCAACACAGUCGCCUCCAUCUACGGCAAGGACUUCGCUCCGGGUGGGAUGGUGACUUGGAGCAAGCCAAAGUUCUAUGAACCGCCAUCGGCUGGCAAUCUGCUGCAGAAUGAUCCUGAUUUUUCCAAGUUUGGCACAACCAGCAACCAGACGGACUUCACUUUCUCAACCAUGCCGAUGGCUAAGGGCGCGGAUGGCAGGACCAUCAUGGAGGGAAAUAUUGACCGUCGUCAUGGUAAUAACGUCAUUCUGUCAUAUGACCCUUCACGUCACGCUGACGACAGACAGAAAUCACUGUCCCACGGAGACUACCUUAAUCCCCCAAGUGCGUACACCCCAAUGCAGCCUGUGAAAGCACCUACUGUAGAGUUCGACUACUUGAGGACUAACGACGCGCUACCUUAUGAGGGCUUGCCCAAUCUCAGCGAGGCAAAGAAUACUUUUGCCGGUACCUUCAUGGGCGGCAUCCAUGCCAUGGACCGUAGAAGACAGAAAGAGGAACAUUGUCGAGAUCGAAAUCAGAUGCGCAAGGAAACCCACUUCACACUGGGAUAUUCCGGUCCUGACUUCAUCACAGAGACAAACAACCAGUUUGAUGGCCGCCCUCAGACAGACCAAGAGAAACACCCUGCCGGAAAGACCGAGUUUAUUCCGGACACGAAGUUCGGACACUUGAACGCCAGUGAGAACACCCAGGACAUGAAGGCUGCUGACCCGUACGUGUCCUCCAGCAAAGAGGCUUUGACCAUCCGGAACCUGUUUGAGCCGGCCAAAACGGAAGCUGCUUUUAAUACCUCUGUGAUGAAGAGUGAUUAUACUCCGCUUGGAAGAAGAAGGAUGAACGCGCAUCAGCACCGGAUGUUGGACAAAUACGACACGCUGUCGAGGAAGACGAUCGAGGACUCGCACUUCUUUCAUACGGACAACACAGGGAGAAACAACUACCUAUCAACAACAAUAAAUGAUUUCAUCAAGCCGGAAGUCAUGACAGGUCAGAAGCUCCUAGCAGCCAGAUGAAGAAGCUGCUUGAAGGGGUCAGGAAUUCCGCUUCAGCGUGAAAUAAAGGCUCGGUGAUUCAACGUACCAAUAAUAUAUAUGAUUAUGAUGUUUAUUAGGAUAUAUUUUCAUUCCGGCCAUCAAUACAUCUAUUUGUUGUAUUUUAUAUAUGAUUUCUAUUGGAAAAGUUUUAAAGUGCUCCUGAGGAAUAAUAAGAUACUGCAGUGACAAGCCAUGACUUCUUCGAAAAUAUAUUGGGGAUUGGAUUCGGGAUAUAAAUUUUACCAAAUAAUGUUAUAUCAAGAAGCAAACAGCAUCAGUGUCGUGUUACCACUACUUACGAUAUGCUUAAUUUGUCAGUAUUAGCCCGUGGGCUUUCAAAUGAAAACAUAAGGUUGAAUUUCGUUUUUUUAAGCUUAAUGGACUUGUUUGUUCUUAUUUCGCUUUAAAUUGUAUAAACCUUUGGUUUUCUGCUGUUUUUUCCUCUCUCCAUGUGUGUACGGUCAGUAUUUAGUUUCAUUAUUUAUUUAUUUAUUUUAUUAGCUAAAUCGAUUAUUGAAGACGCAUUGAUUAGCGACAUGUGUUACAACCUGAUGUAUUCCAUGUUCAAGUGCGUGUAUCUUCAUCUCAGUGCAGAUGUUCAUGUUUGUAUUUUAACUCGUUUUUUGUUACUUAAUCUUUAAUGUAGACACAUGUUCUGUUAUGGCCUAUAUAAUUCUGUCGCAUUUUCUUAAUUUAUUGUAUGGUGUUUUAUUGUACCGUUAAAGCCUUUUCCCCCUGUUUUAUUAGGAUUAGAUUUGUUUAGUUUACUUUUUUUAUGAUACCUGUUGUAUAUGUUUUGUAAUCAAAACACAUCGUUGUCUCAGAGUGACAACUGUUAUAAAAAACCAUGUGUUGUAGAAGUGGCCACCAAUCCUCUAAUAUAAAACAGUUUGACAGGCUUUAUUUCAAUAAACCCAACGACUCCGUCGAAAUUGUUCUGAAUAUAUAAUGAAUGAAGCACUAGUACAAUACUUGAGUAUGUUUUUGGUGAUUAUGGUUUGGUGUUAAGUUAUAUUUCCGUAAUUGUUGAAGUUAAUUUCUUAGGAAUACUUGGGUCCCGUGCUGCAAUGCGAUCAUAGAGCUAUACGUGGCAAUCGUAAGUUCCUUACUUAGAAGCUGCCUUACCACAAAUUGCCUCAUGUUUCUUAUACGAUAACCUAGUUAUGGCCUAGUAACGGACUGUUCCACUGUUAAAAUGUGAAAUCCCGAUAGUCCAGAAACCCUACAAUCUGGACAGUGUUUUGGGGGGAAACGUCUACAUAUAACAAAGAAAUGGUUCUACGUACCGAUGACUCGUUAAUCCGGACACUGAAAAUGUUACAGCCGGAUUAACAGGGUUUCAUCGUACAUAAUGCAUGAGGUUUAUUUUCUUUCGGGUGAUGAGUGUUUCUCACGAAUCACUUUCGCAGCAGCAAGUUUCGAGGAUGAAGGAAAGAAAGUCGCAUUCACAGAUGCUCAGCCCCGACAUUGUACUUGACGGAUAAUGACUAUCGUGUCGUUUCUAAGAUUUGAUACUUUCAACAUGUUGUUUUCAUCAUUUUAUAUUUUCAACUCAAGUGUUCAUAAUAAAUCAUCUCAUCUUCA